AUGUCUUCUUCGUCCGACUCGCAGGCGCAAUACAGCGAGGCCCUGCAGCUCGAUGAGCUACGUCUUCAAGCUGCAACAUCGUCAGAUCAGGGCGAAGUCUUCGUCAUCGAAUGGCUGUCCAAAGCUGAGCAAGCGCUCACAAAGGCGGACGUCGACACCAUCAAAUCCUCCCAAUCCGCCUUCGAAGCUGCCGUUCUCAAGCUAGCUUGCCCUACAGUCGCCUUUGGAAAGAACGAAGAUGGUUCCAUCACUGUCGCACCCGACACCGCCGUCCCUCGACCUGGUCGACCCACCCGACGUCUUCUCGCUCGCUGCGUGCUCCUGAUUUUUCGACGCAUUGACUCACGAUCGCUCUUCGACCUCUUGCAAAACCUCGGUCGAGUAGCCGGUGAAGAUGCCAAAGGCAAGACAGCAGAACGGGAGAUGCGCGUCGCGGCUCUCUACAUCCUCGGCGAAGUCUUUGGCUCGCUCGGCCAGCAGAUCAUGUCACUCUUCAACGAUAUUAUUAACCUCACGCAGAAAGUGCUCAAGCAAGCGAGUCAUCCCGUCAUACUCCGCUACCAUGCACUCCUCGCACUGCACAAGACACUCAACGUCGCAGGCAAGAGCUUGGGCGAUCAGGUCGGCAAAGAUCUCAUCAAAUCGCUUCGACAGGGUCUUUCGGACCGCGCAGGUGCUGUAGUACGUGGAUGUGCUGACUGCAUACUCGCUAUCGCUCAACGUGCUCAGCUCAUCACAACCCGCAACGAGGUCGAAAAUCUCGUCUCAACCGCACUCAAAGCCAUCGAGACUGCCGAUUUCGUCACAAAACGUGCUCUCAGCCGCGCAAUCGCGGGCCUACUGGCAUCUACACAAGUCGAGCAAGCUCCACCAGCACCUGCGCCAUCGAAGAAGACAUCCAAGAAGAAGAAGGAGGGCGCUGCCGGCGCAGACGACGACUCGGAUGACGAUGAUGCUGUGGUCUCGGCUGCCGCAGCCGCAGCCAGCGCUCCUCGCGCCAUGAUGACUCCCGUUGGCAUGCUCGAUCAGCUUUCUUUGCCUUUCUUGCGCGGUUCAGCCAACCGCAAGACGCGAGCGGCGCUUCUCGAUGUCUACGCAACGCUGUUCGAGACGCUUGGGUCCGCCUGGGUCAACACCAACUACGCCAUCAUCCUCAAACAUCUCAUCGAUGAUCUCCCUAACCACUCUAGGGGUUCGUCCCUUACUCGCGCUGACGUUCUCAUAGUCCGUAUCGGUGUCUCCGUCAUCCUACGGAAACUCAUCGGCGAGCACAUGCUCGGGGAGCAGGCCCAAGUUCUUGCCAUUCAAGAGAUCUCCGUCGACUACCUCAAAAAGUGGCCCGCCGUUAUGCCCGAACAGCAGCCGCCAUCUAAGACGACCUUGACCUUGGCACUCGCUGAGAUCUCCGGCUUGCUUGUGCAGCUCGGCAGUGUUCCCCCGCAGGUACUCGAUGCAGCUUAUGAUCCGCUCAUUCGCUGCCUCGCACAUCCAAGCCACUCGGUGCAGAUUCAAGCAUCUUGGUGCCUCAAGACCCUGUGUCAGGUAUCACCGGUCCAUCUCUCGCCGACGCUUGCUUCCGUGCUCGAACUGCUGAACCGUGACCUUACCACUUUGGCCAACGGCGGCGGCUCUGUUGGUAUCGGUCAGCUUUCCAAACGUACCAACGGACAUGCGAAAGGUCUCGCCGCCCUCAUCAGUGUCAUUCCACAGCGACCUCUGUACACUUCGUUCGCCAUCAGUUCCAAAGUUCUGUCGCUGGCCAUUCAGCUGCUCAAGAACAGCGGCAACCACGAUCUCAGCGUAUCUGCUGUCGAGAUCUCCGUCGCCUGGACGUUGGUGGGCUCGCUCAUGUCGCUCGGUCCCAACUUUAUCCGUCUCCAUCUUCCUCAGCUCUUGAUUCUGUGGCGCAACUCACUGCCCAAGCCAACGUCGAAGGAUACUGCACCCGGUCCUUCGAUUCGCUCCGAUACCGAAUGGAGCUUCCUCCUUCACGUCCGUGAAUGCACGCUCACCUCGAUCCUCGCCUUCCUGCUGCACAAUGGAUCGACGCUGGUCACGCUUGACACGGCUCGUCGCAUUGUAGCGCUUCUCAGCAACUCGCUCGCUUUUGUCGAUGGCUUCGCUGCCCAAAACUCGCAUCUUUUGCAGGAGCAAACCCCUGGCAGCGACCGCAGCACGCUCUCGUUGCUGGACCGCGAAUUCCUACUUCGACGUCGCUUGUUCCAGUGCUUGACCGUGCUCGCCCAUAACCCAGCAAUGGAGCCCAUGCAAGCUGGUCUCAUCAAAACCGCCAUCCAAGCAUUUGCAGAUCCAGACCGAUACAUCGGCAGCUCCGCCCAGGCGGCAAUUGCUGCUAGUGCGGGCAACUUCACCAGCGUGUGGGAGAUGGCAGACGGCUACGCGUUCGGUGUCACCAGCCUGCAGCGUGAUGCUGAAUGCUUUGUGUCCGAUCCUGUCGAUGCCUUGCGCGCCUGCAGCGCCACUACCCGCGCCGACCUGCUCAAUCGCGACUUCGUCGAGACGCAGCUCGACGCUUUGCAGAGACGCCCCGUUCUCGGUGCCGCAGAGCACGACGAGCUGUUCAUCUACUCAACUGCGCGCACUUCGUCAUCUGUCCCGUCGUCGCAGGAUGCGUCUCACUUAGGUGCCUCAGCAGAGCCGCGCGAGUCAGCUGCCUUAUCUCCACCUGGUGCCACGGGAGUAGUGGAUGCUGCCAUUCAGCUCUUUACUGCAUUACUACCUUACCAAGAGCGUGAUAUUCAGGUAGCUGCUAUCGAAGCAAUGUUGGCUCACACCAAGAGCACGAAGCUUGACAAAAACCCUGGUCGAAAGCAGGCGAUCCAGACCAACGUUGCUGUCGCCAUCCUUGGGGCCCUCAGAGUUGCAACUCAGGGCGGCACGGGCGCGAACGGGAAGCGCCCUAGUGGGUUCAACAACGAUCGUCUCAGCUCGGCCAUCAAGGAUCUCUUGCAGGAUGCUCUGCUUCAAGCCGAUCCUGCACUGCGUGCUGCUGCCAGCGAAGCCUACGGAAAGCUUGCGGCUGUGGCGGGAUCCCAGGCUCUUUCUAGUCAGGUGCAGUUCCUGGUCGACCAGAUCGUCGGCAAUCGCGACCCUGAUGCCCGCGCUGGAUGCGCGCUUGCUUUCGGUUCAGUCUACAAGGAGGUUGGUGGCCUCGCGGCCGGACCUUUGACCAAGACGAUUGUCAACGUGCUCAUGUCGUUGUCUAGCGACCCGCAUCCGACCGUUCACUACAACGCCCUCGCAGCUCUUCGCGUCGUGGUCGACUCGGCCAGCUUGAGCUACAGCCCAUAUGUGGCUAGCACGCUCGGCAUGCUCGUCAAGCUGUACAUGCUCGACACGCAUGAGCCUGAAGGUGGCAGCGCUGGCUCUGUCAACCUGCGCGCUGAUCUGCCCGCACAUCAAGCGGUCUGCAGAGUGGUCAACGCUCUGAUCGGUGUGCUGGGUCCAGACCUGCAAGAGUCGGCACGCGUGCGAAGCUUGAUUCACUGCCUGCUCUCCGAAUUCUCGAGAGAGACGGAUCCUGGGGUGGUAGUCGAGUCCACCAAGGCGUUGCAACACUUCGGUCUCUUUGCUGCGCAGUUCGUCGAUGUUGCUGCAUGGAUCGAGCAGCUGCGUCGACAGCUGGCAGGCAAGCAGCGCACUCUCAAGCUUGCAGCAACGACUGCUUUCUACCAGCUCGUGCAGCGCGAGGCGCUGGCUAUGAGCAGGAUCGGUGGUGACCAGCUCGUUGAAGAGUUCUUUGCGCAGCUCGAUGAGGAUCCCAAGCUGGACGGUGCACGGGAGGUUAUCCUCAGCUGGUUGCAGAAGACGGCAGACCUGGCGCCAAGCGGAUGGAUUGAUCUGUGCCAGCGCAUCAUGUCGGCCGCUCCCUAUCGUCAGAACCCGGCAGAUGCUGCGGCCAAAGGCAAGGAGUUGCCUAGCCUGGCGACCAUGCUGCAGGAUGAGGAGGCCGCUGCAAUUGACCUCGGCAACGAUACGAACACGGUUAAGCUCAAUGCUACCGGUGGCAGUAGAUGGCGCACCCAGCUGUUUGCUUUGCGAUGCUUGCACCAGGUAUUCGUUACGGUUCGACAGGCAGGCAAGCUCGAGCACUUCAGCACGCCUCCUGGUGCUGGAGAGAAGGGUCAGGCAUCGCCUCAACGACGAUUGCUGAUGAGCAACCGUGUUGUGGACUUGAUCCGUAUGGCGUUCACUGCCAGCACUUCGGCCAACAUUGAGAUCCGUCUCGAAGGCCUUGUGGUGCUGCGGGACGUUAUCGAGUCGUUCAAGCUCGCGCGCGAUCCUGACUUCGACGAAGCUUUGCUUCUCGAACAGCACCAAGCUCCAAUCGCAGCCGCUUUGACGCCAGCCUUCUUGGCAGACUCGACACCAGAAGUACUCGCUGCAGCCGUGCAGGUGUGCGCUGUCUUUGUGUCCUCAGGCGUGGUCAAGGAGGUCAGCCGGAUGGGCCGCAUUCUCAAGCAGCUUGUUUCUGCCCUUGACAGCUGUAUGCAACCCACCAUGACUCAGCUCGGCGAUGUCAAGGACUUAUCGCAGAACGCCAACGCCAUGCUCAAAAUUGCUGUGUUCACUGCCUGGGCCGAGCUGCAAACCGCGAGCGCGACGCAGAGCUAUCUGGUGGAUGUCGUGAAGCCGCAUGUGGCACGCAUCGUUCCGUACUGGAUCGCAUGCUUGCGUGAGUACGCUAAGAUCCGAUCAGACCCUGAAAUGGAUGCUGGCGGAGCACCUGGUGGGCCUGGUCCAUCGAUCAACGCUAGUCUCGACUCUCAGUACGCAGGUCUGGCACGUGAAGUCGUGCUGCCGUAUCACGAGCGAUCUUGGCACACCAUCCUGCAGGCGGUGACGGGUCUGCUGCAUGACAACGAUGCCCGAGCUCUGGCUGCCAUGGAUGGAGAGACCAAUCCUGCUGCAGCUGGUAGCAACACUGCAGCGGCACCGCCAAAAGCCCGCAGCGAACCCUGCCUCUUCUUCUUCGUGCUCUACGGUCUGGCAUUCGAAGCGUUGGCGACACGGUCAUCGAACAGUGUUGAGUCGGUGCAAGAAGGCAAGGUGAUGCGCAUUUCGCUUCGAGCCAUGACUGCGCUUAGCAAGCCGCAAGUUGCAGGCAGUGCGUUGCUGCAAGACACGCUCUUCUCUGAGCUUUGCAACCUUUGGUACCGUUUGGUGAUGACCGAGCCGCCUGCAGUUCAGAUCUCGGUGCUCGAGACCAUCGGUGGUAUGGCUGCAUCCUAUGGUAAAUUGCUGCUGUCCGGUGACGACGAAGCAACCGCUGAAGCUGGAAAAUUGCCGAAUGAGGCCAAACUCAGUCAAUGUCUGCGGGUGGUCGUCUGUGUACUGCAAAACGUGCGCACAAGUCGAGGCUCGGUGGACGAAAAGACAGCGCUGCUGCGUGUCGCUUACUCUGCCUAUAUUGGCAUCGUUGGGUUGUAUCCCAAGGCGGUGCAGGAGGACCUCUUUGCGGUGGGCUUCUACACAUAUGCCGAGACGCUGAAAGAUGAGACAUUGGAACAGGACCUUGUGGCACCUUCAUUGAGCUCGCUCAAAGAUCUUUGCGAGCGUUCGGCAAAGUCGGUCAAGCCCAACAGCGAUGUGCUACAGCGUGCGAUUCACGGGUUGCUCUCUCAGGCGUUGCAGCAUGUUGAUGAUCUCCGCACGCGCGCCGGUCGAAUUGCGCUCAACAAGACCAAGAACAGCUUGCUCGCCGUGGUGGUCGUCCUUACCUCGAUCCCGAUCAACAUCAAGGUAAGCCAGGCGGUAGCGGAACACGCUUGCUACUUGAUCGUGCAGAAGCUGCUGACGUUUGAGGAAGAGGUGGAGCAGUGGAAGCAGACAGCAACUAGCAAAGGCGCAGAGCCUCAACAGUUGGGUGAAGGGGUGGAAGAGAUCGGUUUGACAGCAGUCAAUUGCGCGAGGACGGUGGUACUUGCUUCUUCACGUGGCAAUGCUUCGUUGCUUUAUUGCGUCGGACAACUCUUGCCGGGUCUGAUCGAGUUCGUUUGUCGUGCUGGACCUUUAGUUGCUACCAGUCCUGCGAAUGCACGUGGAGGUGCAACACCGCUCACAGCACUUCGUGGAGCAUUGGAUGACGUGAUCAAGACUAUGGCUGGUCUUAUUUCUACUCUUCCCAGUGAAGGAGAGUUCCGCGCUAAAGCUCUUACGAUCAUCUUACCUACUCUUUUGGUUCUGCUCUCGCCUUCACCUGCCGCAGCCACGGAAUUGCACACUUUCACAGUACGUCAGCUGAUCACUUUGGCUGGUCAACACGCUGCUGCGUUCAAGGAAGCAACUGCGGCGCUGGACGUCGAGAGCAAGGCGCUGUUGGAGAACGCGAUUAGAGCUCAGCUUGGUCAGGCGGCCGGUGCGGGCUCGGCAGUUGCCAGUGCAGGCCGAGUCGCGCAUGGACAAACAGCUGCGAAACAAGAGAAAAGUUCAAUUGCUCUCAAGUCAUUCGGUAGCUAG